UGGCUGAUUCACAUCACAAGUGCCAGAGGAUCAGGAGACAGAAGCAUCCCAACACACCUGAGCAGUGUGAGCCAAGGAGCACCGCGCAGAACUGAAAGAACUUCAAGUCUAAUCCAUCGGUGAGAAGAAUUCCUGAGGCCAUGAUUGCUUCACAGAUUCUCUCCAUUCUCACUUUUGUGCUCCUCAUUAAAGACAGCGCGGCCUGGACUUACAAUGUGUCCAGGAUAAACAUGACUUAUGAUGAGGCUAGUGCUUAUUGUCAGCAAAGGUACACACACCUGGUCGCAAUUCAAAACAAAGAGGAGAUCGAGUACCUGAACGCCACGUUGAGCUAUUCUCCAAGUUAUUACUGGAUCGGCAUCAGAAAAGUCAAUGGUGUGUGGAUCUGGGUGGGGACCCAGAAGCCCCUGACCAAAGAAGCCAAGAACUGGGCUCCAGGAGAACCCAAUAAUAAGCAGAAAAACGAGGACUGCGUGGAGAUCUACAUCAAGAGACCAGAAGGUUCCGGCAUGUGGAAUGACGAGAGAUGCAGUAAAAGGAAGCUCGCGCUGUGCUACACAGCUGCCUGCACCCAAGCCUCCUGCAGCGGCCAUGGGGAGUGUAUAGAGACCAUCAACAACUACACCUGCAGGUGCCACCCUGGCUUCAGUGGACUCGAGUGUGAGCACGCUGUGACCUGUAAAGAACAGAAAAACCCUGAGCACGGGAGGCUGGUUUGCACUUCACCCUUUGGGACCUUCAGCUACAGUUCCUCCUGCUCCGUCAGCUGUGACAGUGGCUACCUGCCAAGCAGCAUGGAGACCACCUGGUGUACAUCCUCUGGGGAAUGGAGUGCUCCUCUUCCCACCUGCAGAGUGGUGGAGUGUGCUGCUUUGACAAAUCCAGCCAAUGGAACCAUGGAUUGUGGCCUGGGCCCUGGACGCUCCCCCUGGAACACCACAUGUACAUUUGGCUGUAAGGAAGGAUUCGAACGAGUGGGAGCUCAGAACCUCACGUGUACCUCCUCUGGGAACUGGGAUGACGAGAAGCCGCUGUGUAAAGCUGUAACAUGCGAAGCCAUCCACCGGCCUCAGCAUGGCUCUGUGCACUGUAGCUACUCCACAGCUGGAGAGCUCACCUUCAAGUCCUCUUGCAAAUUCAGCUGCAAAGGGGGCUUCAGGCUGCUGGGACCAGCCCAGGUUGAAUGCACAGCACAAGGGCAGUGGACACAGCAAACACCAGUGUCCUUAGCUCUCCAGGGUGGAGCUUUAUCCAGCCCAGAGUGAGGCCAGGUGGUUUGUCUUUCUAGUGCUUCUGGAGACUCCAAAAUAGAUCUAGCUUGUAGGUUCUCCUGGAAGCCAGGAUUUUCUUUGGAGGAAUCCAAAAGGCUCCAGUGUGGCCUCACAGGGGACUGGGACAGUGAGAGCCCACAUGCAAAGAUACUGGCUCACUCUUGCCUUGCAGCUGUGCAGUGCGAUGCUCUCCCUGUGCCCCUGAAUGGCUCUGUGAAGUGCUCUCCUUCCCCUACUGGAGAGUUCACCUACAGGUCCUCUUGCACCUUCCACUGUGACGAUGGCUUUGACUUACAUGGAUCAGCUCAACUGGAGUGCACAUCUCAGGGGCAGUGGACACACGAGGUCCCCUCCUGCCAAGUGGUACAGUGUUCAAGCCUGGCAGCUCCAGGAAAGGUCAACAUGAGCUGCAGUGGGGAGCCUGUGUCUGGCACUGUGUGUGAGUUUGCAUGCCCUGAAGGCUGGAUGCUCAAUGGCUCUGCAGCUCUGACAUGUGGUGCCACAGGACACUGGUCUGGGACGCUGCCUACCUGUGAAGCUCCCCCAGAGUCCAGCACUCCCUUGGCAGCUGGACUUUCUGCUGCAGGAACCUCCCUCGUGGCACUGACGUCAGUUCUCCUCUGGCUUCUGAAAUACUUUCGGAAGAAAGCAAGGAAAUUUGUCCCUGCGAGCAGCUGCCAAAGCCUUGAAUCCCAUGGAAACUACCAGAUACCUUCAGACUUCAUCUAAGCUCAAAGGAAUCUGGAACACUGGUGCAUCCCGGGAACUAGUCUGAACCACUGAAGACAGCAGAGGUGUCCUGCCCCCUGGCCUUCCUGGCCCAUUGUCCUAUGCCUUGACAGCUGGGACCAUGACUUCAGUGGAUUAAGUCCAGAGCCAAGUGCAGUCUUCCACCAAAAAGACUCAAUCUUCUUGUUCCUAUUCUCAGGACAAAGAAAUUGCUGGCUAGGCUAUUAGAGGAGAGGGUCUUCUUCAAAGCGAGCUAAAGAAAUCAAGAGUCUGGACUCAGAAUUCCUUUCCUAACUCUCCGUUGGAAGCUCUGAAUCUCAGUGGAGAAACAAUGUUUUCUGGCUCUGUUUCUCUUGUCCCUCACUGUGUUGCAACUGCUAGUUACAGAAUUGCAUUUAGAGGAGUACAUUAUAAUUAUCAAUAGUUUACAGGAAACCAAUUGUCCAGUGAUAUUUGGCUUCCAACUUGGGGGUGGGGGAUACAUGACAAGAUUUUUAAUGGCCAGAGACAACUGCACAAGAGGCUGUUGGUGGUGCGAGGUGCAAAUCCUACUUAGUACUCAGUGCUAGGAUCACCAAGCAUGGUCCUGAUCAUGUCCCUGUGGGACUCAGGGCUUUUAAAGUGUUCUUAGAGGUAGUAGUCUUCCUAUUUGCCUUGAAUAUAGUAUGCUCCUCCUCAAUUCUUAAUUUAGAACAAGGUUUACAAGGGACUUUUGACAUUUGACAUUGAUUGUUGACUAUGAUAGGGUAAAUAUUCCUGAUCUAGGUUGCCACCUCCUUGUUUAUUAACAAAUUUAAAUUUGCAUUUGCUGUAGAUUUAUGUAAAACAAACAUGCAAACAAGUGUGAUGUUCUGAGGUUUUAUUACAAUUGUGUGGGACAUGAUGCUCUCAGGAGAGUGAAAGCUGAACACAGGGUUUGAUUCUUGUUACCAUAGUUUUACACAAAUUAUUGCUUUCCAUGAUGAAACUUCCAUGAGGCCAAAUUUUCUGAUCUGAUAAAAGCAUCAUAAAUGUAUGAAUUGUCAAGAUCAUUGUAAAGUCAUGUGUAGCUAAUAAAAAAAAAGCAUCAACACAAACAAAUGAAGGUACAAUUUUGUGACUUUCUUUGUAAAAAUACAUGUAGACAUAUUGAUGUGCUUUGCCCUCCUACAAGGGGGUUUGCCAAAUGUCUGAUGUAAAUACAAUUCUUUUGUAUUAUGUAAGAUUUUAAAUUCAUAGGAAUUCACCAUGUAAAGCACCAAGUGGAUUUUUACAGUGAAAAGUGUAAUGAUUAUUUUUAGUUGUUUUAUUCUGUAUAUUAGUAUUCCUGGAAGAGAGUGUUAUGUUUCUAAGGAGAGUUUAAAAUUCCUAAGGAACUUCCAGGUAUCACUGACAAUGAGACAUUCCUGGUCAGUAAGUGCCAAAGCUGCCCACAUCAAAGCUUUCCCACAUUUCUUUUAACUUAGCAUGUUGAAGAGGAACAUUUCAAGUAAGUGCUGCCUGAAUGUUGGCAGUGGUGGAGCCAGCAGUAAACGGGAGGUGUGAUAAAGAUGAGAAAGCAGAGGUUUCUUAAGGGGCAGAAGGACUCAGGGAAGGGGGACUAUCGUGAUCAGAUUACAUAUGGAAAGAGUUAUUAUUUUUUUCUGAAAUUGCUCAAAUGUUGUAAAUAUUUACAUAUUCUGCAUUAGAAAUAACUGCAUGAAAUAUAAAUUUUAAAUUAUGACUUAGAGUAGUUUACAGUUUUAAUGUGUUAUUUAUUUAAGGUUUUGCCAGGUUUAUUAUACUUGACAUAGCAGUUAAAGUCUGACAAUAAAUAUGUGCAUAUUUAUCUCUGUAUAGGCUCUUUCUUAAAACUUUAAUUGCAGCUGGGUGCAGAGGUGCAUACCUAUAAUCCUAGAGGCUCAAGAAGCCAAGGCAAGAGGAGGA